AUGAUCAAUAUUGACAUUAGAAAGGCAUUUGACUCUAUCAGUUGGAGCUUUCUUCAAUCUGUUCUUACUGGUCUGGGCUUCCCUGAAGUUAUGAUUCAUUGGAUUAUGGUCUGUAUUACAACUCCCAAGUAUUCUAUUUCAUUCAAUGGAGGACUACAUGGCUACUUCAAGGGGGAACGGGGGCUGAGACAAGGUGACCCACUCUCUCCCUACCUCUUCAUCCUGGGAAUGGAUUAUCUGUCUAGGAGUUUGACCAAAUUAAAGGAAGACAGGAACUUUAAGUUUCACCCUAAAUGCAAGAAACUUCAGAUCUCCCAUCUGAUUUUUGCAGAUGAUUUAUUAUUAUUUGCAAAAGGAGAAACUUAUUCAGUGCAUAAGCUUUAUCAGUGCUUUAAAACCUUUGGCGAAGUGUCUGGGCUGGAAGCUAAUACAGAUCGCAAAAUUGAUGAAUUAUGUAGGAUAUUCCUAUGGGGUAAAGAUGAACAUUCUUCUAAAGUGCCUCUUGUAGCUUGGGAUAAGGUAUGCUUAGGAAUGAAACAAGGUGGCCUGGGGAUUUAUUCUGCUCAAAUAUGGAAUUCAGCUUCUGCUUUACGAAGCAUAUGGUUCAUUCAUUCUAACAAGGAAUCUCUUUGGAUUAAAUGGAUCCAUGAAAAUUAUCUCAAACAUGAAGACAUAUGGCAGGUUGAAGCUAGAUCAGGAGACUCAUGGAUGUGGAAACAAUUACUCAGAAUUAGAAACAAGGUGAUGGCGGUCUUAGGAGGUGCUGAUAAUACCAAGACCCUCAUCAUGUCAAGCUGCAAGAAUUCAACGCCAAUUCUAUCGAUAUUGUACAUGAACCUGUCAGCAACUGUUAUCUCAGUGCCAUGGUAUAAAACAGUGUGGGGUGGUCUCAAUGUACCCAAACACUCUUUUAUCAGCUGGCUAGCAAUUCAAAACAGGCUCCUCACACAAGAUAGGCUCCUUAAAAGAGGUAUAAUCAGUUCAAACCAGUGUUGUCUAUGCACGGGUCAAAUCUCUGAAUCGCGAGAUCAUCUGUUCUUCGAAUGUACUUUUUCUUCCUAUAUUUGGAACUCAAUCAUGGAUUGGAUGAAUUUCAAGAAGAAGUCUUGCAAUUGGAAUCAGGUUUGGAACUGGUUUUCAAGCAUGAGAGGGAAAUCUCUACAGGUUAAGCUUAGAAGACUGGUAUUAACAACUACAAUCUACUGCAUUUGGAGAGAAAGAAAUGCAAGGUUGUUUACCCAGAAGAUAAGCACUGCUGAUCAUUUGAUUAAGGUCAUAAUGUUUGAAGCCUCCACAAUCAUUCUCAAUAACCCCACUAAUAGGGUUUGA